AUGGAAGUUAGAAAAUUCUCCGUGAUUCUGGAAUUCCAUGAUUCCAGCCUUUUCAGACAUUCUUUGAGUUUUAACUCUUAUAUGCAACGGUAUGUGGUACAUUGCAGGGAAUAUCGACUAGGUACUUACGGAGUUGUAUACCAGGCGAGAGACACUGUCACCGGUGAAAUUGUAGCGUUGAAGAAGAUUCGGCUCAAUUCGCGUGAGGAGGGCAUUCCGAGUACGGCCAUUCGUGAAAUUGCAUUGCUCAAGGAACUUCAUCAUCCCAACAUUGUGAGACUUUAUGAUGUAAUUCACACAGAAAACUGUCUCACAAUGGUUUUUGAAUACUUGGACCAGGACUUGCGUAAAUAUCUGGAUCGAGAACCGGUACUUGAACCUCCUGUCAUUAAAUCAUUCAUGUACCAAAUGCUCCUGGGAUUGCAAGAGUGUCAUCGCUAUCGCAUUCUUCAUCGAGAUCUCAAACCUCAGAACCUCCUUAUCAAUCGUGACGGUGAGUUAAAACUGGGCGAUUUCGGUUUGGCUCGUGCCUCUGGAAUUCCUGUGAAAAAAUACACCAGCGAAGUCGUGACUCUCUGGUACCGUUCCCCCGAUAUUCUGCUCGGAAACCGCGACUACAACACCAGCGUGGACAUGUGGAGCUGCGGGUGCAUCUUCGCUGAGCUGUAUAAUAGCACGCCUCUCUUCCCCGGACAGAACGAGAGUGAUGAGAGAGAAGUGAUUUUUAAGAAGUUGGGAUCCCCCAAUUUAGCAAACAUGCCGAAGUUGAAUACAUAUCCGGAGUGGAAUGCCUCGAUGCAGAAUGUGUAUAAACCGCGUCCGCUGAGCGAGUUGGUGCCUCGAAUGGAUAGCAAUGCGUUGGAUUUGUUGAGCCGUUUUUUGACGUAUGAUCCAGAGCGAAGAAUCGAUUGCCAGCAAGCACUGGACCAUCCUUAUUUCAAUAAUGUGGAGGGUGUACGACGAAGACGAAUGUAGAAUAGAAUUG